UUAAGUGCCAGUACAUGUGAUUAGGUCCAUGUCAUAAAAACCUCACUGUUGUUAGGUUUGCUGCUCUGUGGGCUUCGAGUGGGUUAAAUUAUUGGUGUUUACCAUUAACCGAAAGCAAGAACCAGGAAAUGAAUCACAAAACAUCCACUGAUUACCUGUGCUCGUUCAACUACUGAAAAUAAGCAUCACCUCAGAGAUGAUCCAGUUGAAACUGGUGACACUGGCCGCACUGCUCUUCUCCAUUCAAAUCACUGAUGGAGGUAAAGUCCUUGUUUUUCCUGUGGGUGGAAGCCACUGGUUCAACAUGAAGGUCCUCAUCCAGGAGCUCCAUUCCAGAGGUCACAACAUCACUGUGAUCCAAGAAAAAAACACAAGGCACAUCAAGGCAGAGUCUGAUCCCUACCAGUUAAUCCCUCUUGAUGUUGUUAAUGAACUUGAUAUGGACGACUUCCAUCGUUACAUGACAAGAGUGCUGCAGCUCCGACGUGACUUCCACGCUUCGACUUUAUCGAUUUUAAAAGCUAGGGAAGAGUUCAUAACAAUGCUGCUAUAUACUCACCAAGCUGUGGUUGAUAAAAUGCAAGACGUAUUCGAGGAUACCAAACUGAUGCAGUCCUUCCAAGAAGCCAAGUAUGAUGUUGUUCUGACAGACCCUUUCUUAGGCGGAGGGAUCCUUCUGGCUCAUCGGUUGGGUCUACCGCUGGUCUUCAAUGUACGAUGGACAAUCCUGGCUGAUGGGCUUCAAACGAUUGCCCCCUCCCCUCUCUCGUAUGUUCCCAUACCAGGCUGUGAAAUGGCUGAUAAGAUGAAUUUUUGGGAAAGGGUGACAAAUGUUUUAAUUGCCUUGAGGGUGCUUUAUAGCCGGGUUGCGGUUAAAGAGCAUUAUUACGACCCUUUUGUCCAGCGACACUUUGGUCCUGAUGUUUACUAUGAUGAUCUGGUUCAGGCAGCAGACAUAUGGUUGAUGAGAACGGACUUUACUUUUGAGUUCCCUCGUCCCACAAUGCCCAAUGUUGUCUUCAUGGGUGGGUUUCAGUGUAAACCCUCCAAGCCGCUUCCUGAAGAUCUGGAGGACUUUGUCCAGAGCUCUGCAGAGCAUGGGGUCAUUAUAAUGAGCUUGGGGACCUUGGUGGGGACUCUUCCAGAAGAGAUCGCCGAUGUUGCUGCUGCUUUUGCAGAGUUACCUCAGAAGGUCAUCUGGAGGCAUACUGGGAAGAGACCAUCCACCCUCGGCAACAACACCUUGCUGCUGGACUGGCUGCCUCAAAAUGACCUCUUAGGACACCCAAAGACCAGAGUGUUUGUGGCCCACGGAGGCACCAACGGACUCCAAGAGGCCAUCUACCAUGGAGUCCCCAUUGUGGGCCUUCCUCUGAUGUUUGACCAGGAUGAUAACCUCUUUAGGAUGAGAGUGAGGGGUGUUGCCAAAGUGCUGGACUUUGGCAAGUUAAACAAAGAUGUAUUCUUGGAUGCGUUGAAGGCGGUGCUUCAUGAGCCGAGCUACAGGGAGAACAUGCAGGAGCUCUCCAGACUGCACAGAGACCAGCCCAUGAAGCCUCUGGACCGGGCUAUGUUCUGGAUCGAGUUUGUCAUGAGACACAAGGGAGCGGCUCACAUGAAGACCAAGUCCUAUAAGAUGUCCUGGAUUCAGUACCACUCUAUUGAUGUCAUUGCUCUGUUGUUGUUUGUGGUCAUGAUGAUGGCUCUGAUUUGUAUUUUGACAGUAAAAUGUUUAUGGUUUCAAAUAUUUGGUAAGAGGAUAAACACAGCCCACAGAUAAUUUCAGUCUCAAAGAUCAAGUCAGAAAAUAAAUUAUAUAUUUGGUUUUAGAAAUGUUUCAUGGUUAUAGCUUGGGAUGCAAGCUCUACCUCUGGUUAGUGGCUACUCCUAUACAGCGUGGUUUGUCAGUAUUCUGGAGAUAAAGUUGUAUGUCGGCUGUGUCUGGUUUAAUUGGCAUAUAUCCACUUGACUGGGGCAGUGUGUAACCAGCACAAGCAUGUGGGCAUCAACCUGCAAGGAGGACUGAAGGCUGGUGGUGGGGUGCUAGCUCUGCUAAUGUUAGGCAACUUUACAAACCAAUUAACCCUUGUUUACAUGCAGACUCUGUGAUCUCAUGUUUAACUGUGUUGA